CUGCGCAUGCGCCCUCAGCUUGCUCGCUCACCUACUGUGGUGGGAGCUUCCAGGGGUCUCAGAACCUUGUCAUUCUGACCGGCGAAGUCCUGGGAGCAUUUGGCAGAAAUGUCUAAUGCAAAGGAAAGAAAACAUGCUAAGAAAAUGAGAAACCAGCCCAGUAACGUGACUCUGUCCUCCGGGUUUGUGGCUGAGAGAGAUGGAAAGCAUCAUUUUGGAAGGGGGAAGCCUUCCCAAUCUCAGAAACAAGAGCUUCAUUCUGGAACCUCACGGCAGUGGCAGAUCAAGAUGAGUCCCCACUUACCUCCUGAGUCUGAUGUGAACGAGCAGUCUUCUUCCAAAACCAUGUUUAAGAAAAAGGGAGGCUGGAAAGCAGGUCCUGAGGGCACUUCUCAGGAGAUCCCCAAGUAUAUAACUGCUUCUACUUUUGCUCAAGCUCGAGCCGCUGAAAUCAGUGCCAUGUUAAAAGCUGUGACCCAGAAGUCAUCUAACUCACUGGUUUUCCAGACUCUUCCACGGCACAUGCGACGUAGAGCCAUGAGCCACAAUGUCAAACGCCUUCCUAGACGGUUGCAGGAGAUGGCCAAAAAAGAGGCUGAGAAAGCUGCUCAUCAGAAAAAAGAACAUUCAAAAAAUAAAUGCCACAAAGCCCGAAGAUGUCACAUAAACCGGACUCUGGAGUUUAACCGCAGACAACAGAAGAACAUAUGGUUAGAGACUCACAUCUGGCAUGCCAAACGGUUUCAUAUGGUGAAGAGGUGGGGUUACUGCCUCGGGGAGAGGCCCACAGCCAAGAGUCACCGAGCCUGCUAUCGAGCCAUGACAGACCUCUGCCUCCUGCAGGAUUUAUCAUAUUACUGCUGUUUGGAGUUGAAGGGCAGAGAGGAAGAACUACUGAAAGCACUCUCUCAAGUGUGUAGCACAGACACAGGCCUGACCUUUGCUGCCGUUCACUGCUUGUCUGGGAAGCGGCAGGGGAGCCUCAUGCUUUACCGGGCAAAUAAGUAUCCCAAAGAACUGCUUGGGCCGGCAACCUUCAUCUGGAAGUCUAGGAAGACCCCAGAGGAUGCUUCUGAGGAUAGGCAGCUGUGGAUCUGGCUUCACCCAACUCUUAAGCUGGCUGUCCUAGAGGAAAUAAAAGCAACAUGCCAGUGUUCAGAACCCGUGAAGACAAGUAUCUGCACACCUGACCCACUCCUCACACCAGCCCAGGAAGACAGUCAAGCAGGACUAGCUGAGGACAAAAUCGGCAAGAAAAGAAAACGGAGAGAUGAUGGGGAUAGUGUUAGCAGAGCUAAGAAGACCAUUGGUGAUGGGACAGGAGAUCCCUGCCAGCCACGGUCAUGGCUCUCCCCCACUACAGGGAUUGUAGUCAGUGACUUGACAAUGGAGAUGAACAGGUUCCGGCUGAUAGGUCCUCUUUCGCACUGUAUCCUGACCUCGGCGCUGAGGGCUGCGCCUGUACACACAGGGGAAGAAGAUGCAGAGGAGACACCCCAUCACUGGUGGACUGACACUUGCAGGAGCUCUGAUGGCCUUUCUCUUCACCAAAGACAAGAAGCAGUGUUUCAGUUGUUGGGAGGGAUAUCAUCACCAGCAGAAAUUCCAGCAGGUACUAUUCUGGGAUUGACAGUUAGGGAUCCGAGAGUAAAUUUGCCCCCACAGCGAUCCAGAGCUUUGCCUGAUCCAGAAAGAUACCAAGAUAAGGAGCAAGUUAAGCAGCUGCUUCUGGAGGGUGUGCCUGUGGAGUGCACACACAGCUUCAUCUGGAACCAGGAUAUCUGUAGGAGUGUCACAGAGAAUAAAGUCUUGGAUCAGGAUUUAAACCGGAUGAGAAGCGAGUUGCUGGUACCCGGAUCGCAGCUUGAUUUAGGAGCUCGUGAAUCCAAGAUACCUAUCCUCCUGAUUCAGCAGCCAGGAAAAGUGACUGGCGAGGACCGGCUGGGCUGGGGCAGUGGUUGGGACGUCCUCCUUCCCAAGGGCUGGGGCAUGGCUUUUUGGAUUCCAUUUAUCUACCGAGGUGCGAGAGUCGGUGGAUUAAAAGAGGCUACAGUGCAUUCUCAGUACAGACGGUCUCCUAACAUCCCAGGCGAUUUCCCAGACUGCCGUGCCGGGGUUCUGUUUGCUGAAGAUGAAGCUAAGGAUCUUCUAGAGAAGUACAAACGACGCCCUCCUGCUAAAAGGCCCAACUAUGUUAAGCUUGGCACGCUGGCUCCUUUCUCUUGUCCCUGGGAAGAGCUGACUCGGGACUGGGAAUCCAGGGUUCAUGCCCAAGAGGCAGCAAUUAUAGCUUCAAUGCCUGGUGCUCAGGAGACUGACCUAAGACGGCUUGGAGUGCCUUCUGUCCCCAAAGAGAUCUGCCAACUAUCUAAUGAGGCAGGCAUAGCCGAAAACCAACCCAGGAAGCCAGAAGUUAUAGGCUGUCAAGUGCAGACAGGGGCCAAAGUGGCCCUGGAAUGGAAUGCCAGUGAGGACCACAUGGCUACCACAGGUAGCCAGCUCUGUGUUGUUCGGAGUAGGAAGCUACUGAAGCAACUGUCGUCCUGGUGCGGGCCCAGUUCUGAGGUCAGGCGGGCUCCCUGCAGAGGCCAGCAAGAGUUGACUAGAGAGGCCUGCUUGUCCAUUCUGGGUGAUUUCCCCAGAGCCCUGGUGUGGGUCAGCUUGUCCCUGCUCAGGAAGGGCAGCCCAGAGCCACGCACCAUGAUCUGUGUUCCCUCCAAAGAGGACCUGCUCCAGCUCAGUCAGGGUCAGGGCUACCAUGGGCCCUGGGAAUCCAGACACAGUGACCCAUUUAAAAGCCUGGUUCUGAAGGAGAAAGAAAAGAAGAAAAAGGAGAAGAGGAAGACUGGGGAGCACAGGGCCUCCAAGGGCCCGGCAGCAGGGGCGCCCACAGCUGGGCAGGAAGCUCUGACUCAGGGGCUGUGGUCAGGCCCCCUUCCAGGACUAACUUCACACUGCUCCAGGGUCCUCCUAGGCUUUGUAACACAGGGAGAUUUUUCUAUGGCUGUCGGCUGUGGGGAAGCCUUAGGGUUUGUUAGUAUGACCGGCUUGCUGGAAAUGUUGUCCAGCCAGUCAGCAGCCACGAGGGGCCUGGUGCUGCUGCGGCCUCCAACCUCACUGCAGUAUCGGUUUGCAAGAAUUACCAUCGAGGUGUGAAUUUGAGUUUACAGCCUGGUCUUAAAUUAUAACUAUUUUUGUCAAAUCUCACACAGAGUCCUGGCUGUCUCUGUCAUCAUCUGAUUUAAAAUCUACUGUGGAGCUGCUUGGAAAACAAGAAUUAAAAUUAUAUAAUUAUGUGGAUGA